AUGUCAAUUUCAAGCAAGUUGAAAAUCUUGAGAGUUUUAUGCGAACUGCAGUUAGAACAUAAUAUUCGAUUAAGAGAGAGUAUACCCACAGCUCUAAGAGCUAUGGAUAUGAGACACCUGGUAACUGGAGUGGAUAAGGACGGUCUCGCCUAUUAUUUCCAAAUAGAUUCAAAAUAUGGGUUACGCUUAUACACGACAGAACAAGAUGAUGAGAGCGGCACCUCGUGGACGCUUGUUGCUAGGUGA